AUGAAGCACCUGGCGGCUUACCUCCUUCUCGGCCUUGGCGGCAACACCUCUCCCUCGGCGGCCGACAUCAAGGGCGUCCUUGAGUCCGUCGGCAUCGAGGCCGACGAUGAGCGUCUUGAGAAGCUGCUCUCUGAGCUUGAGGGCAAGGACAUCAACACGCUGAUUGCUGAGGGUUCCGCUAAGCUCGCCUCCGUCCCGUCCGGCGGCGCUGGUGGCGCUGUUGCUGCCGGUGGUGGUGCUGCUGCCGGCGGCGCGGCCGCUGAGGCUCCCAAGGAGGAGGAGAAGAAGGAAGAAGAGAAGGAGGAGUCCGAUGAGGACAUGGGCUUCGGUCUUUUCGACUAA